AUGUUCAUCGGUUUCGAUUACUCGAAAAUUGAUCAGAAAUCCCGUAUGGAAAACCAUCAAGAGGAGAAAUAUAAAUCAACAGAGUUAGCCAUUCUACUAGGAAUGCAGUAUGAUGAUUGGAGUGGCUUGCCAAUCAAAAGUUUGUUAACAUCCUCUGCAUUAAAGAGAUACGAGGUAAGAAAGAGUGUAGUAUGUAUCUAA